UAGUAUAAUAAUAUAUUAUGAUUUUUUACUGCUGCAAACGCGCUUGUCAUGCAAUUUUAACGUUGCAGUCGUAUUGUGCAAGGCGCGGUGAUAAAGAGUGCAACGUGACUGUCUAGUGCAUUUUUGGCGUGCAGUUAAAUAAAAAUAUAUAAUAUCCGUUUGGUUGUGCUGUGCAAUAAGAGUCGCUAUGAUAUGGGUAGGUACUACGUAGUACGUGAUACCUGCAUACCUACUUUAUACUUGGAAAAAAAAUACGUCAGAUGUUAUGUGCGAUUGGUUUUCCGAUGUGUUGGAUAAUCCAAAAGAAAUUGAUUCUUUAAAUUCAAAUGAAUUCUCAAAGGCUGAUCCAAAAAUUGAAGCUCAAGUAUUUGGAAAUUCUGGACCUCUUUUUGUUUCAGAUAAGAAUAUCCCCAGUAAUCUUCUCAGCAGUGUUAUCGUCUCAUUGUAUGGCAAUGUUUGAACAAAUUCAAAUAUGCAAUGGUUUGCACAGGAUAUAAAUAUUUAUGUAAAUAAACUAUAUUAUACGGGUCCAGUUGUAGAAUUUAUGGGACAAAAUACUUCAAACAUAGCGAAUGGCUAUGUUAGAAAUAUCAGACAAACGUGUCUAAACUUAAUUAGAAAUUCACAAGUAAACAAGAAUAAAGAAGUUAUAACUUUACCGUUGGAACGUAAAAAAUUGUUCAUACAUAGUGAUGUUAAAUCUUUACAAUACCCUGAAUUAAAAACAUUUACAGAUGAAGAAUUGACAUUGAUACGUACAGGAGAUUUAAUAGUUACAACUAAAAGUAGCACAAUUAUUAAUGAUUGUGUUCGUUUAAGCUUAGAACGGAUUUUUAGCAUAAAAUACGAUCAUAUACCAAUUAAACAGACUCCACUUGGACUUGAUUAUUCAUUACUCAAUACAGAAAUAAUAGAAGUACUGAACAAACAUAAAGACAAAUAUGGAAUCAAAGAAAUAAAGACGUCAAUAUUUCCUGAACAAAGUUUAAAAGAUUUUUUUAAAAAAGAGACUAUAAAAGAAGCUACAGAAAUUGUCUUAAUAUCAUACCCGGAAAAAAAAAUUGCAAAACUUCUUAAUCAAAAUAUGCAUAUACUUAGAUUUAAAAAUAAAGACGAAGCCCUCCGCUAUCUAUCAAAGUUUAAUAGUGCACAAGAUUGGAAUGACUUAAAAAAUUAUAUGAUCUCUGAGGCUAAAAAGGUAAAUUUGUCUACAGAAAAAAUAUAUAUAUUAAUAUAUUAUAUAUAUAUUAUUCAACUUAAUAUGGGACACAUCGUUACAAUUGAAGCUAUGCAAAAAAAUGGUAAUGAUGUUUUAUACGUUUUAAAAGAUUAUCAAGCCAAAGAUCCUUUAACAAAUGGCUAUGUAAAAUUUUCAAAAUUUCAAUAUUGGAUAUCUCAAAAUCAACCAACUCUUCAAGAUGGAAACUAUCCACAAUUUCGUAUUUUUAUGAAACCUACGAAUUUGAGUGAACUGGAUUGAAUUAAAGAUUCUAAUAAUACACAGAAUAUAGUUUGUAUCAAAAGAAAAAAAUUAUUAAUAAACUGUAAAUGAUAUAAAAUACUUUAUGUACAGUAAU